UGAACGCUGCAUAAAUGUAUCUCGCGAGAAGAGACUUUCCUUGACAACACAGUACGUGGCUGACAGCUGUGGACUGGGAGUGUUUACUUGGAUGCACUGGUUCGCAGGUAGAGAGCUGGUGAACGUCGAGUAAACGCACGGAACCUCUAACGUCUCUGGAUUCAAUCUCUGACCGGUUACCGAUCCCGAGGAGGCAUUCCACCGACGCCCCCCCCACCGCCUGGCAGCGGCUAUAGGGACCGCUGCUGAAGAAAGCUCUGCCUGCCGUUCGUCCAGCCUGUCGGUCUGAUAUGGCGGAGAGCGGGUCGGCGGUUGAAUUCUCCGGGUCUCUGACUGGCUCCACUCUUCCGCCGCCGCGGACACGCAUCUUUAAAAUCAUCGUGAUCGGGGAUUCGGGGGUCGGAAAGACGUGCCUCACCUACCGCUUCUGUGCCGGCAAGUUCCCCGAGAAGACCGAGGCCACGAUCGGGGUGGACUUCAGGGAGAGGCUGGUCGAGAUUGACAGCGAGAAAAUCAAGAUCCAGCUGUGGGACACUGCAGGCCAGGAACGCUUCAGGAAGUCCAUGGUGCAGCACUACUACCGCAACGUGCACGCUGUUGUCUUUGUCUAUGAUGUCACCAAUGCCGCUAGCUUCCGCAGCCUCCCUGCCUGGAUUGAGGAGUGCAAGCAGCACGCUCUGGGCACAGAGGUCCCCAGGAUCCUGGUUGGAAACAAGUGUGACCUCCAAGACUCCAUACAGGUGGGCACAGACGUGGCACAGCAGUUUGCAGACGCUCACUCCAUGCCCGUGUUCGAGACAUCUGCUAAAAACCCAAACAGCCAAGGAGAUGGAAGCCACGGCAGUGGAAACAGUGACCAUGUGGAGGCCAUCUUUAUGACGGUGGCCCACAAGCUGAAGUCUCAGAAGCCUCUGGUGUUGAGCCAGCCGCCCGGGGGAUCAGGGGGCACCAUCAACCUGAGCAGGGGGGUACAUGAUGGGGGUGAUGGGACCAGGAGCUGGGGCUGCAGCAGCUGCUGAAGGAGGAACAUGGAGGAAAAAAGGGAGACCACUUCAGCUCCAGGCUGCAUGAGGCCAAUGAAAGUGAAAUUGGAUGGAGCUGAGGAAAGAAAGGAGGUCUAGAGAGAAAUAGUGGAUCGAGGAAAAAUGGCUUCACAAUCAGAACAGCACAUAGAUGAAUGUCUCCAUUUGAAGAUGAUCCAUUUUUCCAAUGCUUGGGCUUGAUUUACAUAAAUGGCUUUCAAUGGUUUUGGGCAGUUCUUAGUGUGAUUGUUGUUUUGAAUGCCAAAAUCUACUGUUGGUUCAUGGAACCAACUGAAUAAGUAGCCAAAAAUUUGAUUCUGUUCUGUCAGUCCUGAGCCUGCACCACCCAAGUUUCAGGUCAGUUAUAUUCAUGUGGUCAUGGAAACACAUUUAGACGAUAGAUUGUGUGUUGUAACCUAACACACAAUCUGUGACAUUGUUUUAGGCCAUAGUUUGUGCUAAUGUAUGACCGACUGCAUCAUAUGGAAAGGUGUGCUGAGCUGAGCCCUCGUGUCAUCACUACAGAACACAACGCACAAUGGUUGGUUGGAGUCCAUCUGGUUUUAAUUCUAACAUUUCAUUACAGGUGCCCUGUAAACAAAGAGCUGUGUUUACAUUCAGUAACACACUGAGUGCAGUUCCAUCUUUGAAAAUAUUAGCAUAUUGUAAAUAUUGUUGAAACCUGUGUUGUAACACUUUGUUUGCUAGCUAGCAGUCUUUCCUGCCUCUGCUAACACAUUGCUAAAUUUCUUAGCAUGUUGACCACAUUGUUGACACACUAAACACAAUAUAGGUUCUUUUCAACAAUAAUGUUGAAAUCCCUGAUGAGAACCUAUAAUGUGUUACAGUGGGUAUGGAAAGUAUUCAGACCCCUUUAAAUUUUUCACUCUUUAUUUCAUUGCAG